AUGUCAUCACCACAAGCAGGAGCACAACACUCUGACGAUGAAGAGAAAUAUGUCCCUGACAUUUAUUCAUCUGAUAAACAGCACAAAUUACAGGAUUCCAAACUAGUUGAUUGGGCCGUAUUUUCCGAAAUCUUACAAAUGGAUGAAGAUGAAGAAGGGUUUUCACAACAAUUGGUUGAAACUUUUGUUUCUCAAGUCGAAGAAACAUUUGAUAAAAUUGAACAAUAUUUACAAGAAAAAGAUUUGGAGCAAUUGAGUUCAUCGGGUCAUUUCUUGAAAGGGUCAGCUGCUGCUUUGGGAUUAACUGCCAUAUCAGGUGAAUGUGAACGUAUUCAAAAUUAUGGACACAAGAUCAAUUUUGAUAAUUUUAGUCAGACAAAGAAAGACGCAACUACUAAAGGAGAUACAGGAAAUGAUGUGCCGGGGAAAGAUAAUGAUUCAACAAAGACCAAUGGAACCACAACUAAGGAAGGAGAAUCAACGACGAAGGAUGCAACAAAAGUGGACAAAAGUGCUGGUCAGAAUGCAACUGAAAAAAGUAUAACGAGUGAAAAAAAUGAUGAAUCAAGUGACGAUUUUUGGAUAGCGGCAAUUGAAGAUGCAUUGUCUAGAGCUAAAGAUGGAUUCGUUAGGACAAGAAAGGCCUUGGAUGAAUUUUAUGCCUAA